AUGGUCUCUGAAAGUCCCAUGUUCUCGCCUCUGCCACUGUAUUUCAGAGGGCAAGACUUUCCCACAGUCAAACAAGGCGGCAAGACUCUAAUUGGUAACAACGGAUGGCUCGAGAAGACCGGGCAGGAUAGUCUUGGGUUGGACGGGGAAAGGAAGACGCCUCAAAAGAGAGCUGGCAUUUUGGAUAGCAUCAAGAAAAUCGCUAAAGACAUGACUGAGCUUCACCAUCCACAUCGUCGGCUCCCGCAAGCAAAAGCAUCGGGGGCACAGCUUCUUAUAUCGCUUGAUGCAAGGGAGCAGAGCCUGCUUUAUUGCGAACUGGAGUAUCACCUCACUUGCGCCUUGAACAACUACAUUUCGCGCGAGCUUGAAAAGGGACGCCUCGUGCCCAUUAACUUCAAAAAGAUCACAGAUGCCUGGUACCAGCAGGGCCGACCGCGUGUGGUCGGCUUCCGCUUCGACCUCGAGACGCAGAUCGACCUCGUAGCGCUGCAUGUCAACGAGUUUACAUUUUGCGGCCGACGCCAGUGCAACCCGGUUGAGGUCAGCAGCCUGCUGCACACCAUGAAGGUUAACGCGCGCGCGAUGCGCAUCCGCACCUUUUGUCAGCCCGAUUCGGUCAUCGCGAAGCAGCUCGCGGACAGCCAGUCGCUCUUCGACAUGAUUGGGGCGGCAGAGGACGCGAACAGGGCCCUGGUGGAGAUUGUACACUUUUUCAAGGUGAUUGUCGAGCGUGAGCACAAGGUCUUGCAGCAGCGACAAAAGGAGCAAAAGCACAGCACCAUGCUUGCGCCGCGUGACGAUUAA